UGCUGCUCGAAUCAGGAAAUGAAACUGAAAGUAUUUCACUGAACACUGAUCACCAUUUUACUUUGAGCACAGAGCACAGAGAUUAAUCCUUCACGAUGGAAGCUGAUCUUUCCUGUGCUGUUUGCCAUGAUCUGUAUAAAGAUCCUGUCUUACUUGACUGUGAUCACAGCUUCUGUCGAUCCUGUGUGACCCAGUACUGGGAGAAAGCUGACACUGCCUGCUGUCCUGUCUGUAGAAAGGAGACUUCCUCCAGGACCCUGAGAUCCCACCGCACUCUCUCCAACAUUGUGGAAUCAUUUGUAAAAAGCGGUGGAGGUGGUGAAAUUCUGCAGGAAUGCAGCCGACACAAGGAGAAACUGAAGAUUUUCUGUAAAACUGAUAAUCAGCUCAUCUGUCUUGUUUGUCAGAUUUCAAAAGGUCAUCAAAACCACGAGGUGCUGCCAGUGGAAGAAGCUGCUGAAGAGUUUAAGGAGGAACUGGAAACCUCCCUGAAGCCAAUUCAGGAGAAGAAGAAGGAAUGUGAAACUGUCAAAAGUGAUUAUGAGAAAACAUUGUCCCACAUUCAGGACCAAGGCGUAAAAACAGAGAAACAAAUUAAAACUGAAUUUGAAAAACUUCAUCAGUUUCUCCGUGAGGAAGAGAGGAUUGUGUUGGAAGAUCUGAAACUGGAAAAAGAGAAACACAGUCAGGAGAUGAAGGAGAGGAUUGCAAAGAUAACAGAGGAAAUCUCAUCCCUUUCAGUCACUGUUCAGGAUAUUGAACAAGAGCUGAGGGAACAGGACAGCAUCACAUUUUUAACAAAAUUUCCGGAUACAAAGAAAAGAGUGAAGCAAACUCUCCCAGAGCCACAGAAGGUUUACCCUUUAAUAAAUGUGGGCAAGUACAUCGGCUCCCUGCAGUACAGAGUGUGGAAAAAGAUGCUGACAGUGAUUAAUACAGCUCCAGUCACCUUGGACCCUAAUACAGCCCAUCCUGCCCUUCUCCUGUCUGAGGACCUGAGCACCGUGAGACACACCGGGAAUCGGCAGCAGCUUCCCGACAAUCCGGAGAGAUUUGGUUACUGUGUCUGUGUCCUGGGAUCAGAGGGAUUCACAUCAGGGAAACAUUCCUGGGAGGUGGAAGUGGGGAAGAAGACUGAGUGGGAUGUGGGUGUGGCCAAGGAGUCCAUCCACAGGAAGGGGCAAAUCAACCUGAAUCCAGGUAAUGGAUACUGGGCAUUGGCGCUGAGAGAGGGGAAUAAAUACUGGGCUGGUGAGAAACCAUGGAAAUGCUUAAAGCUGAGUGUGAGUCCGAGGAAGGUCCGAGUCUGUCUGGAUUAUGAGGGAGGGAAGAUGUCCUUUUAUAACUCAGAGAACAAGAGCCAUAUCUACACUUUCACUGGGACAUUCACUGAGAAACUCUAUCCUUUCUUCAGUCCGUAUCUCAUUGAUGGGGAUAAAAACACAGAACCUCUGAAAAUCUGUCCCCGGAGAGUAACAAUCCAGGAGGAUGAGGGAUUCAUCGCUUCAUCCAAAUAAAGAGCCUCUCCGUGGGGGGGAGGGGAAGAUCCCAUACACUGGGUCACUGGGUGGGUGAGGAGGAAGAUCCCACACCCUGGGU